CAACACGGGCAGAUUGCGAUGUACACCGGGAAAACAGAGGCAGAGAAUGAGCAUCCUAACAGAGCAGCUCUGCUGGGAGUCUUGUUCUUAAUCUGAGAGAAAGCUUUGGAUACUGUCCACCCAUCAUCAGGCUGACUUGCAAAAUGUCUGACUUUGAGGAUUUCAGCAAGCCAGGAGGGCAGGGGAAUGUAUCUGAAAGCUACCAGCUGAACCCCACCAGCGUGAUCGUGUCUGUGGUGUUCUCCCUCAUCUUCCUGCUGGGCACCAUCGGCAACAGCCUGGUGCUCGCCGUGCUUCUGCGGAGCGGCCAGGUGGGAUACAACACAACCAAUCUGUUCAUACUCAACCUGAGCGUGGCCGACUUCUUCUUCAUCAUCUUCUGCGUUCCUUUCCAAGCCACUAUCUACUCUCUGGAGGGCUGGGUGUUCGGCUCCUUCAUGUGCAAAGUGGUCCACUUCUUCAUCAACCUCACCAUGUACGCCAGCAGCUUCACACUUGCUGCUGUCUCUGUUGACAGGUAUCUGGCCAUCCGUUACCCGCUGCGCUCCAGAGAGCUACGGACUCCCUGUAACGCAGUGGUUGCCAUGGUAGUCAUCUGGGGUCUCUCUCUGGUCUUUGCGGGUCCUUACCUUAGCUACUACGACCUGAUCGAUUACGCCAACAGUACUGUGUGCAUCCCCGGCUGGGAGGAGCAGAACAGGAAGGUGCUGGACACGUGCACCUUCCUGUUCGGCUACGUCAUCCCGGUGCUGAUCGUGAGUCUCUCUUACACUCGAACCAUCAAGUACCUGUGGACGGCCGUCGACCCUCUGGACGGCAUGUCAGAAUCGAAGAGAGCCAAACGCAAAGUCACCAAAAUGAUCAUCAUCGUCACCGUGCUUUUCUGCAUCUGCUGGCUGCCGUACCACGUGGUGAUCCUGUGCUACUUGUACGGAGACUUCCCCUUCAAUCAGACCACGUACGCCUUCAGGCUCCUCUCACACUGCAUGGCCUACGCCAACUCCUGCGUCAACCCCAUCGUGUACGCUCUGGUGUCCAAGCACUUUCGCAAAGGCUUCAAGAAAGUGUUCAGCUGCAUCCUGAGUAAAAAUGGCAGAAAUAAGGUCCACGUGGUUCACGUGGCCAACACUGUGCCCGGGUUUGAGGCCGGCUCCACAGAGGUGUCGCAGAUGAACGAGGAGCACAUGCGGCAGAAUGAAUGUGAGAUGAUUAACAGGCCGAUCGCAGAGCCAAGAGAAGCAACAGUGACACUUAAUCUGCCAUUUCAGCGGCAGACUUGACAAGUGAUUCAACUUUGCUGAUGGGCUCAGAACACAUGCCUUAUGUGAUAGACAUUGCAGCUUAUAUUUAUAAUAGAGAAAUGUAGUAACUUCUCAUCAUGACAUUCACAGUUUAGGUGGCAAAUAGGAAAGGAGAUAAAAUUAUUUAUGCACAGGCGUACCUAUUUUAAGGAAUGCAUCACCUUUAAAAUGACCAUUUUAUAUAUCAAUUACUCACCAUGUGUUACCUUGAGUUCUUGAAUAAAACUUUCUCACAUGCCUCCACAGUGAAUGUAGAAUCCAACAGUGGAGUUUUACAAUGUUGGGCUUGUAUAUUUCUGCAAAAUGAUGCACAGAUAACAUUGAAUCUCUACAUUGUUGACCCAUAAAUAUAUUGAAUAUGAACAUUCCUGAACUGCAGCACGCUGCAAACACAUGACAACUGUAACAUGGUGUAAACAAGUGACAAUGGCUGUUUUUAAGACAUGAAACACCUUGGUUAGGCUUAACCCAUAAGAACCCAUGGUGACACCCAUGUGACAAACAUUUUAAAUCUUCUAGAACCUCCCAUAUUCAGCUUUUUUGCUUUUUAGCUAACUUCAAAAAGCUUAUUUUUUGUUACGAGGCUAAGUUUAAUCCCAUUUAACAAUUCUACUCCAUUAAUAGGGAACUGAACAAAUUAAAGUCACAAUUUUGAUAUAUGUUAUGGAGAUGCAAACAAAAAGGCAAAUAGUUAUUUGUUUUUAUUAAUAAUUUAUUCUUAUUUUGUUACUUAAAAAUAAAUCAGAAAAAUAAUUUAUUGUUAAACAGCACUAUUAAUGUCACAAUUUUGAUAAAUGUUGUGGAGAUGCAAAGAAAAAGGCAAAUUUGUGUUUUUGUAAGCAGAAAAUGUCAUAGUCAAAUAUCAUAAACAUAAAUACAGAUCUUUGACAUUAAGAGGUAGUAUUUAAAAAAUAAAUAAAUGUGAUCCACUUGUUCUGUGGUAUAUCCCCCAUAAGUUUUCUUUAAGGAUAAAUAGGUCUGGGUUCUUAUGGGUUAAACAUGUAUUCUGGACACAUCAAGCAAUGGGAUACAAUUACACUACGACAAAACAUCAACAACCACGUUCCCAUCCUCCUCGCCAUUACACUUGCCCGACACUGGACCUGUGUGGCUUUUAACAUCAUAUCAUAUUGUCACUGGGGAAAAAAAACCCCAUUGCAGAUCAAAGUGUCUGGGGGCUGUGUGGAGGCAUGCAAGAAAAAAAGUUCCCUUCACAUAUUCAAGACAGGUGCCGAGUAAUGAAUCCACAAUGGUCAUUUUAAAGGGGAAAUAUUCCAUCAAGGUGAGUUGUGGUGAGUCCACAACCAACAAUGUUAUCGUUUCAUCAUUUUUGUCAAGUGCUACUUUCCAUAAGAAAUACCCACUAUUUACUAAAAGUGAAAAUGUCUCAGUAUUUCCUGUUUCCACCAUUUGCCUUAACCAUGGCCUGCACUUUGGUGUUGAUUAAAGGUUUUCAGCAUUUGAGAUUCCACAUUGUCCCAGCACUUUUUAAAAGCAGCACAGAAUGUGUGUCCUAAUGUAACAGUUAUGUUUCGCCUUUUCAAAUGGUCCCGAAGACAUUGAGAGGUGACUGUGGGAGGGAAUUCAUGCGGGUCUCUGUUUGACUUCAGAAAGUGUUUUAUGCAGGUUCAGGGUCAUUGUCCUGCUUGUAAAGUCUGAAGAGAAUAGCAUUUCUCUGUAAAACGCUGCUUCUCCUCUGCGGAUGUGAAGCCCACGCUGUGCAAAGUCAUCCAGUCAUCACAACAUUUUGCUCCAAAUCUCUCACAUGAUCUUUUCCUCACAGACUCAACUGCAACUGUAAUCUUCAAAGUCUGACUGUGACUAGAUUUGAAAGUGCUAGUCUGUAUUUAAGAAUGUAAUUUUCUAACUGGGCCAGGACGUGAUUCGAUCCGUUUUUUUGUAUCUCGCAUGCAGAUGCUGUUCUGUCUUGUCAAGAUAUUACUGGUAUAUUUGAGUUAUAUAUGCUGUAAAACUUUUUCUUUUUUUUUUAAAAUGGUGUGAAAACUCAAUAUAAAGUUUUGUUUCAAUUACAAACCAGCAUUUGGCAUAGAUUUUUAAUCUUAAAAUAUGGAUUGGAAUAUCUUAAGAUGGAAAAACAACUUCAAGGAUCAGGUGUGUUUUACAUUUAUUAAAAAGUCUAUUAGUAUUUGAUAAAUAUUAAACAGAUAAAACGGGGCACAUUUUCUUGCUUUACUUGUAUUUUGCAAUGAUGGUAUUCAUGGCAUGUUUCUCUUUGGUGUAAAAUAUUCUAUAUUUAAAUUAAUAUGUUUAUCAAUGAGUGCACUUAAGCAGUUAAGAGUUGUGUAGUUUUAAAGGUGUGUAUUUUGUGUAUUUAAAAGCUGUGAAGCUCUUUCUCUGUUUUUCUGUGAGCGUGUGUCCUACCUCAAAGCUGUAAAAAUUUCAAAAAUAAAUAAAAGUAAAUCUUCUUA